CCCGUUUUAUUUUGCUCUCUGUAAACAUGGCGGAGGUCAGGCAACGACUUGGAAGGGGAGCGUACGACUUUACACAGAAAACAUGUGUCCGUUUCCUCCUGGAGACUCAGACUCCGCAGCACUACAGAGAAAUACGGGCUCCGUCUCUAUCGGCGGCCUUUCUGUGGGCUGACAUUCAAAAUGGAGAACCGUUAGGGGCUGGAACUGCCGCGGGCAGAGUGACCGUUGGAGACUCUCAGGGCAGUUACACAAGAGUAACGCCACUGUUUGAUAGUGCCGACAGUGCUUUAGAAAACGGUAACACCCCGGAACAUUAUUGUUAUUUUGGACUUCACAAAGGGUAUUCACUUCCUAACAAACCCCGGGUUCAAAAUACAGAAAGAAAUCCCUCCCGGUGCCAGAGUUAUGCUAAGUUUCGACGGACUUUCUGCACCUUCGGGUCCGCUCGUCGACUCCAGAGCCCCGGUAGUCGGCCACAGUGCUGCGGCCAUGUACAGUCUGUGUUCAUCAGGGCGUACAGCGACUACGGGGCCAAGUCUGAGCCCCUGUACAAAACCAAAACAGGCUACUAUGAGAUCCUGCAGGUGACACCCACCGCCACCCAAGGCCAAAUAAAAACAGCCUACUACAAGCAGUCCUUCGUCUACCACCCGGACAGAAACGCUGGCAGCGACGAGGCCACUCUCCGCUUCUCUGAGAUCAGCGAGGCCUACACGGUGCUGGGCAAUAAGGCUCUGAGGAAGAAGUACGACCUGGGUCUGCUCAGUCUGGCAGACCUGGUCGCAGCAGCCAGACCCUCCGCCAAGGACCCUACGGGGAGCACCGCGAAGCAGCAAACCGGGGGCCGGCGGUCUGCGGCGGACCCGAACAGCCCAGGAGGCAUCUUUGAUUUCGACAAUUUUUUCAAGGCGCACUACAACGAGCAGCUGCAGAGAGAGAGGGAGUUCAGGGCCCGCAGAGAGGAGAUGCUGAGGAAGAAGCAGGAGGAGAGCGAGGACGGUAACCUGAGCAAGGUGUCGCAGGUCGGAGUCUGGAUGAUGCUGGCGAUGGCAGUGGCUGUUCUGAUAAGCUUAAAGUAGGGAUGGAAGAAGUUUAGAAGAGGAAGGGUCCCUUCAAUCAUCACCUCUCACAAAAGAAGAAAACCAAACGAGUGCUGUUAAACCCCCUCUGUCUUCUGACCCUCUCUGUGCAGGGACAUAUCAGUGAAAUGAUCCUUUGUGUCACUAUAACAGUGCAGUCUUCUACAGGAUUAUACUGAAAAGCUGCUAAUAAGACUCAACAUUUAGUACUGUGUGGCUCUCAUUCAACACAGUAUUGAUGAGUUGUUGAGAUGAUUUCUGUACACUGGGUUGUACUUUGUCUUUGUCACAUACAGUUACUCCCAGCAGCUUUUUAUAUACUUCACAAAACAAGUCACACUUCUCAGAUGUUAAAGCUGCAGUAGGUCAUUUUUUAUUAAAAUGACUUUUUGUCAUAUUUGCUGAAACACUAUCCUGAUAGUAGUACAUGAGAAAAAACCCUGUCCCUCUGGCUCCUCCUGGUGCUCCUAAAGGCAUUUGUUUCAUUGUUUGAGAACCCCAGGUCGUCAAAUACAUCCGUGUUUUUGUCACAAAUGACGUAUUUCACGCGCUACUGUCAGGAUAUAGUGAAAGUUUCAGCAACGUUAGUUAGCCACUGCAGCUUGAAAUGUUGCAAAAUACAAAAUACAAUUGUUUAAUGGUGGCAAAAUGAUUUAAAUCGGUAAUUAUCUGAUUAAAGAAUACGUAAUAGGGUCAUAAAUCCGACCGGUCACUCACAACUUUUGUUCUUUGUCCAGCACCCAGCUUCACCCAGUAAUUAACCCCCGCUGUGCUAGUAGUAAAUGGAGCUGACAAAGGAAGAUUCAGUGGUUGAUUUACAACCUGUAAGUGCUACGGUUCGACUCCUUUUGGCUUUUAUAAAGUCAUCUGUCUUGCAGAUUUCUUUAUUUUUAAAGGUGGAGCAAGUUUUGAUUAUGUUUUAAUGUAUUGCUAUUUAUUCAAUAUUUAUAGCAACAUAAGGAACUAAGUUUAUGCUCAGAUAAGUUCAAAGAAAUGACGAUAGGAUGAUAUUUAUUGUCAAAAUCAAUGGUUGCAUUGUCCUUAUAUUUAAUAAAUUACUUCUCAGCAGUGCCUGUCACAGUGAAA